AUGUCAUCCGAAUCGAGUCCACUCCUCCGGCAGGAGUCCGAUGCUCGCCGUACUCUGCAGGAACGGAUUGUCGACGUCUUCCGCCCCAAUAGCCGUUCAAGAUCCCCGGCGGGUUUUGAAUCUGCUGGCCAGGGAAUACACAGCACCCAAGGUCUCGGGAUUACCAGCGAUUCGCACGUCAGAGCUCGCCUUUUGGAAUCGUACGAUAGCUCGGACCCGGCAUCUGAUCGACAAUCCUACCUGGGGACCGCCGGUGGUCAGUUUGGAUACGGUGGUAUCGGAAAUUCUGGCACAGCCUCAGGUGGAGACGAUCCGUUGGGGUCCCGCCCAGAGUCGGAGUAUACGUCGCAGAUGAAGUCGUCUACCUCGGCACUGUCUAUGAAUGAGCAUAAAAAAUUGUACAUUUCCUACUAUAUCCCUUUCUUCAACUGGAUUGGACAAUACCGAUGGGAAUUCCUUCGCGGAGACCUCAUAGCUGCUAUUACCGUCUCCUCCAUCUACAUCCCGAUGGCCUUGUCCUUGGCGUCCAAUCUUGCCCACGCACCUCCCGUCAACGGACUGUAUUCGUUCGUCAUUCACCCUUUUGUUUAUGCCAUCCUGGGGAGUUGCCCUCUCUUGGUCAUCGGCCCCGAAGCGGCCGGCUCGCUUCUCACUGGUGCCAUUGUGAAGGCAUGUGUUCUUAACAAGGACUCCGACGACAAUGGGGCCGAGCACGCUAUUGUGAUUGGAAUAUCGACAGCGAUGAGCGGUGCUAUGAUUCUAUUGGCAGGAUUGACCCGACUAGGAUUUUUGGACAAUGUCCUUAGUCGGCCUUUUCUUCGCGGGUUUAUCACAGCUAUUGGUUUUGUGAUCUUCGUAGACCAAUUGAUCCCUGAAUUGGGCCUUGCAGAAAUUGCAAAAGAUGCGGGAGUCAGCCAUGGUACUUCAGUUAACAAGCUGUCAUUCAUUGUGCGUCACGGCAGAGAGUGCCAUGCGCUCACGGCGAUUGUCUCCCUGGUUAGCUUUUCUGUCAUCAUGAUAUUCCGAACGUUGAAAAAGUGGAUGAUGCCACGAUUCCCCAAAGUGAUUUACUUCCCAGACAGAUUCAUAGUCGUUGUGUUGUCGGCGAUUCUUGCCUGGAGUUUGGACUGGGAAUCAAAAGGACUCGAACUUCUUGGACAAACCGAAAGCUCUGGCAGCUUGUUCGAAUUCAACUGGCCAUUCCGCUUUGAGCAUAUGGAUCACAUUCGCACAGCAAUGAGCAAAACAUUCAUUAUCACCCUCCUCGGCUUUUUCGAGUCAUCGGUUGCGGCUAAGGGCCUGGGUGAUAGCCAGCCCGAUGGGAUCCAAGGUAUGCACAUGAGCGCCAACAGAGAAAUGGUGGCCCUUGGUGUUGCGAACUUUAUUGGUGGCUGUUUCAUGGCUCUACCUGCCUUUGGCGGGUAUGGUCGAAGCAAGGUCAAUGUUCAAACUGGAGCACGCUCCCCGAUGAGUAGUAUCUUCAUCAGUAUCAUCACUCUGGUGGCAAUUCUUGUGCUUCUACCUUAUCUCUACUAUCUUCCGAAAGCCGUUCUCUGCUCCAUGAUCUCAGUUGUGGCUUAUUCCCUUGUAGAAGAAUGCCCCCACGAUCUAAUUUUCUUCUUCCGUCUUCGAGGAUGGACAGAACUGACCCUGAUGCUCCUUAUCUUCACCACAACAAUCUUCUAUUCCCUUGAAUUAGGCAUGGCUUUCGGCAUUGGCCUCUCUGUCGUCAUCCUCAUUCGACACGCGACCAAGCCUCGGAUCCAAAUUCUGGGCAAGAUUCCCGGGCCCGCAGCCCGCUUCGAAAAUGCUGAGCUGCAUCCCGAUAAUGUGGAGCUCAUCGAGGGAGCUCUCAUUGUCAAGAUUCCCGAACCUCUCACUUUUGCCAACACGGGCGAUCUCAAGAACCGUCUUCGUCGCCUGGAGUUGUAUGGUUCCAGCCGGGCGCACCCUGCUCUGCCACGCAUGCGUGCGCCGGAACAUAACAAAAACAUAAUUUUUGAUGUGCACGGCGUGACAAGCAUCGAUGGGUCUGGAACUCAGGUACUGUACGAGAUCGUCCAAUCAUACAGGGAUAAGGGUGUUCGAGUCUUCUUCAGUCGAGUACCCAACGACAGUGUGUUCCUCAUGUUCGAACGGAGUGGCAUCGUUGAACAAUGCGGCGGUUUGACACACUUUGUGCCCCAAGUCGAUGAAGCUCUUCAAAUGGCAGAGACUGAAAAUCGGACGGACAUCAUCUAG